UUUUCUCCUCUGGUCUUGCCUCCAAUUCCCGUCUCCACUCGUCUCCUCUCCCUCUCCGGCGGCGGCGGCAGCAGCGGCGAGCGUCCAGCGCAGGAAGGAGAACCGACCAUGGCGACGAUCGUCAACACCACGGAGGAGGAGCCUAUUCUGGCGGUGGUUCGCUUCACCGCCGAGCUCGCCUGGGCCGACGCGGGCCCCGACGUCGCCGAGCCGGAGGUGGCCCGCCUCUGCGUGGAGGCGCAGCAGCUCAUCCUCGCCGGCCGCUGGCUCGACAUGGCCUCCCUCAUGCUCGGCACCGCCGAGCUCCUCCUCGUCUCCCCCCGCGUCCCGGACAAAGAUCUCGAGUGCAUCUUAGCCAUCAUCUGCAACCUCGUCACCAAGGCCGGAUCCGAGGAUGAGGCCCUGCAGAUCGCCGAGCUAAUCUGCGCAAAGCUCACCCACCAGCCGGAUGACAAGCCGGUGCUGCGCCUCAAAGUUCUGUUCAGCUUGUACAAUCUGGUGGCGAGCCCCUACGGGAAAGCCUUUGUCUAUAAGAAGGCGCUUGAGCUUGCCACCGCCGGGAAGGCUGCUGACUCCAUCAUCCCCACCUUCAAGAAUAUCGACACCUUGGUCAGUGACUGGGGUAUUGGCAGUUUGGAGCAGAGGGAGCUGUUCCUUGCCAUCGCCAGGAUUCUCAAAGACCAGAAGGGCAUGAGCAAGGAGUACUUCAACUCUCUGAACAAAUACCUAGCCACAUUCGAUGGAUCAGGCGAUGAUGCUGAUAAAAUCGGUGAUGCAAAGGAAGAAGCUGCUGCAGCAAUCAUUGAGUUUGUGAAGUCAUCUGAUCUCUAUGAGUGUGAUCUACUUGAUAUGCCAGCUGUUGCACAGCUCGAGAAAGAUGAAAAGUAUCAGCCAGUUUAUGAGUUACUAAAGAUAUUCCUCACUCAGAGGCUUGAUUCCUAUUUAGAGUUUCAGACUGCCAACUAUGCAUUGCUGAAAGGUUUUGGACUGGUUCAUGAGGAGUGCAUAACCAAAAUGCGACUGCUGUCUUUGCUUGAUCUGAGCAGCCAUUGCUCUGGUGAAAUCCCUUAUCCUGCAAUUACAAAAGCACUUGGGAUCAAUGAUGAUGAAGUGGAAUAUUGGAUUGUCAAAGCUAUUUCAUGCAAGAUCCUGGACUGCAAAGUUGAUCAGCUUAAUCAAAUUGUCAAUGUCAGUCGACAUACUGAGAGGAUCUUUGGAUUGCCACAAUGGCAGAGUCUACGUUCAAAGCUUGGAGUGUGGAGGGGAAACAUCGCUGGUGCUAUCAGCACAAUCCAAGCUAACAAAGUGGCUGAAGACGGGGGACAGGGAAUGCAAGGAUUAAUGAUCCGCUGAUUGGAGGGGAGUCCCUAAAUUGAUAUUAUAGCCUGAGAGAUUAGAUGAGCAAACCUUUUUGUAUUAGACAAUUUGUAAUGCCAAUUACUCCGACCACAUGGACAUACUGGCGAGAUCUUGGUUGCAACGGCAUUGCUAAGCAAAGUUUCAUGUUGCAUGAAUUUUGUAACUCUUGAAGUCAGUUGUUACUUGUUACUUGAAGUCCUGAUUGUUCAUACUGGAUGCCUGUUUGUUUAUCGUGAUACAGUUUCUCUCUUUCCAA